AUGGGCAAGAGAAAGGGUUCCACCAGGAAGCCCACCGGCGCCAAAAAGUCGGCGCCGCUCGACACCGUCUUCACCUGCCUCUUCUGCAACCACGAGAAGGCGGUGCUUUGCAAGAUCGACGACAAGGCUAGGAUCGGCUACCUCAAUUGCAAGAUCUGUGGCCAGAAGUUUUCGACCGACACCGACCCGCUCACCCAGCCCAUCGACAUCUACUCGCUGUGGAUCGACGCGUGCGAGGACGUCGCCGACCAGUGA